AUGCCUGACAUCACAACGCUACCCAGUCAUCCGCCAGCCUUGGAUGGCCAACAGGGUGACGAGGCCAUUCCGAGUCAUCCACUAGGCGUGAAACCUAGUGGAAAUGCUUUGUUAGCAAGUUGGAGUCUCCGGGAUGCCAUAGGCACUUUCCGGCUUUUACCCGAUGAGCUAAUACUGUUGUUGCUGGAACACUUGGACGGUCCAAGUCUACUGGGCAUUGGGCGCACCUGCAAGGCUUUCUACGCAUUUACUCGCGCUGAAGAGUUGUGGAAGGCACUUUUUAUUGAAUCCCCAUUGGACAACUUUACAUGGAGAGGAACAUGGCGAUCAACAUAUCUCAAUCUGCCUCCCUCAAAAGUCCCCAUGAUCGACUGCUCCCACCUGUAUUCCGACGUACUUUACCGCCCUUUUAACUGUGCGCAUAUCGUGCUUGAACCCUAUGUCACCAAGAUCCCAGCGCGCAACCAGAUCCCGCGCUUAUCAGAUCUUUCCGCUGAGGAAUUCCAUGCCGAAUGGGCUGAUCGACCGUUCGUCUUGACGGAACCCGUCAAGGCCUGGCCUGUCUACAAAGACUGGACCAUCGGGUCCUUACUCUCCGAACAUGGGCAGGAGAAGUUCCGCGCAGAGGCCGUAGACUGGCCGUUGUCUACCUAUCGUGACUACAUGGCAGACAACUCUGACGAGAGUCCGCUGUAUCUGUUUGACCGUGCUUUCGUCCCCAAGAUGGGCCUGGCUGUUGGUUCCCCCGAGUCGACCCCCAAUGCGGCAUACUGGCCGCCAACCUGCUUUGCGGAAGACUUCUUCUCAGUACUCGGGAAGGACCGCCCUGAUCACCAAUGGCUGAUCGUGGGCCCCGAACGCUCGGGCAGCAAGUUCCACAAGGAUCCUAAUGCGACCAGCGCCUGGAAUGCAGUGUUGCGCGGGCCAAAGUAUUGGAUUAUGUUCCCAUCUGGUGACAAGCGAGUCCCACCACCGGGUGUCUACGUAUCUGAUGAUCAGAGCGAGGUCACAUCGCCGUUGAGCAUUGCCGAGUGGCUACUCAACUUCCACGCAGAGGCACGACGCACACCAGGCUGUAUGGAAGGAAUCUGCGGCGAGGGCGAGAUCCUGCACGUCCCCUCGGGCUGGUGGCAUUUGGUCGUCAACUUGGAGCCGUCUAUCGCGAUUACGCAGAACUUCAUUCCUCGCGCGCAUCUUGUCGCCGCGCUGGAUUUCUUGUCCAACAAGGCAGACCAGGUCUCUGGAUUCCGGAAGAAUGUCGAGAAUCCCUACGAAAACUUCGUGAAUGGCAUGCAAGAGGCAUACCCAGAUCUAUUGGCGCAGGCCCAAGAAGAGCUACAGAAGAAGGUCGACGGGAAAAAGCGCAAGUGGGAAGAUAUCGUCCAUGGCAAGACCGAAGAAGACCAAAGCACUGUAGGAGGCUUUAGUUUCGGGUUCGGAGAUGAUAGCGAUGUUGAAGUCCCUUGA